GCAAGAGUACUUGCUUUUUUAUUCUAUUAGUUUUGAAUUAUUUGCUAUAAUUUUAUUUUGGAGAGAUUUGUUAAUCUCUCUUUAUCAUUAUGUCAUGUGGAAAGCGUCCACUCGUAAAAAAAUGGGAUAAACCCAAAAACUUAAGAGUGAUAACUUCAUCAAAAUACGAACAAAAUGAGGCCUCAGUAAAAGUUCAUUGGAAGAAUGUUAUCCGAAAUUUGGAACUAUCCUAUAAAGACGAAACGUUCUGGGACUCACAUUACCAAGAUGUACGAGAAUUGGUGGGUCCUGUUAUAUUCAAGAGAAUCACGAAAGUAUUUGAUUUACCGAGGGACGAUAAAGUGUAUAUUACCAAGUCGGAAACAUCAACGCCGCAAGACUCUGAAAUGUUUUACCAUGCAACAACAGUCGCUGCUGCACAGAGUCGCAUGCAAGCAACAUUCUCAACUACAGAUUUUGAUGAUUCGAUGUAUGACGAUGCUGGAGAAGAAGAAGAUAUAGAAGAGCAAUCAAUUUGGAGCGAAUCCACACAAUCAGCUGACCUGAAGAGGUCAUCGCGGUCCAAGUCAAUGACACGCUCCAAAUCUAUGAGUACAACUAGAGCGCGGAAAUCCAUGUCUAAAUCGUUCUCACGGCUAAUGUCCAAAAAUGUGGUAAGAUCCAUGUCAAGACAGUCCAGGGCAAGGUCUGAACUGUCGAUGGCUGAUGAUGAUUCACCGGCGAAUACUUUAGACGAUUUAAUUGUGCACGCCAAUUCGAAGGUGCCAAGAAAAACUGCAUAUCGAAAGAUAAUGAGAAAUCCGCACUUUGAUAUGCUUUACUGUAAUAAAUCGGAAACGGACAUGAUUAAGUGGAAGUCGAAAUACAAACAGAAAGGCUUUGAGGUUUCCGCCUCAGACGAGUUUAGUAAGAAAGCGGAAAUAUUAACUAAAAAGAUUGCAAAAGAAUUCUACGAAUGGUGGGUUGGUUUGGGAAAUGUGGAGUUCAAGAGUGAAAUUAAGCGUCCCGAAGAUAUUGAAGACUUAUUCCAAGUUUGGUUCGACGAACACGCUUCAAGGGGACUUGUUCUGGAUCCGAGGAUUCUUCCAUGUGUGUUGCAAAGCAUUGCAGAUUAUGUUGGUGUUAAAAAGACUGGGUGUCCCGCUGUUCUAAAACGUCAAAUAGCUCACGAUAUCCAUGCAGAGACGAGUCCUGCGCACACGCGUGCGUUUGGUACCUGCUUGCCCCAGAAGCACAAACACAUCCCGCCAAAGAAUAACACUAAGGAGAUGUGGCAUUCUGUUAAGAUACCAGAGGAUCUGAAGUCUAUGGCCGCUGUCUGGGAUGACAUACAGCACCUCACAUCAACAAAGACAUUCCAUCAGUGGCUUCAAAAGCGUCCGCAUAUGCCGAUGCCGCCAUUCUUCAAGUCGCUUGAGAAGCCUGGAGAAAAGAAACUGCCCUUCGUGGUUCCAUCUGACUUCGUCGUUAGAGAUAAGGCCUCCUCCAUGUCAGCCCAGGAAUUGGCUUUACCGGUGUCUCAGUUUGACUUGGAGCUUAAAGAUGUUUUAAGUAAACUAAUGAAUGAAUGAAUCGAAUGAACGAAAUGUCGAACAAAACAUUAUUGUAUUGAAAUUACUUGUAUUUGUAGUAAUUCCCCGAAAGUAGAAAUGAAAUGAGAAGAAAAUCUAUUCUCGUAAAACCACUUUUUUGAACAAUUAAAAAAUAGGA